AUGGCCAGCCGACGUAACACGCAUGGAAACAACGAGACCGCGCGCUACACUGCACCGCUGAGCCGCAGAAAGAACCCCAUGACGCGGGGCCGCCCGGGCCACGUGACGGUCACCACCGCCGCCAUUGCCACCACCGCCGCCAUUGCCACCGCCUCUGCCGAACCUCGAGCCCCGAACCGGCCGGACCCGAGCGACGUCGCG